UCCGAACGUCCCACACAGAUAAAAUAUUUCAGACAUUUUAAAACUGACACUGAUAGACCGUCGUGAUUAUUUGAGGAUCUUGAGGCCGCGAGAGCUGCAGGUACCGCAGGCAAGGCUAACGUUUAGUCAGCCGCAUUCAGACACCAGCAUCACUUUAACAUGGAGCAACACGACUCGACGUUUGGAGUCCAGCUCUUCAUUUAUGACCUGUCGAGGGGAAUGGCACGGCAGCUCAGCCCGAUAAUGCUGGGAAAGCAGCUUGAUGGGAUUUGGCACACGUCUAUAGUGAUCUAUGGUGAGGAAUUCUUCUAUGGUGGUGCUGGGAUCUCUAGUUGCCCACCGGGAGGGACGAUGCUUGGACCUCCAGAUACAGUGGUGGAGUUGGGAAAUACAGAAGUGACGGAAGAGAUCUUUAUGGAUUAUCUAUCCUCACUUGGAGAGACAACGUAUAGUGGUGACAAGUAUAGAUUGUUUGAACACAACUGUAACACGUUCACUAAUGAGGUGGCCCAGUUUCUCACUGGCAAUAAAAUACCCACCUAUAUCACCGAUCUGCCCUCUGAAGUGCUCUCCACGCCAUUUGGUCAGGUGUUGCGGCCAAUCCUGGACUCGAUACAUAUUGCUCCUCCAGGCGGAAAUGUGAUCAGCAGCCAAAAUAAUCAUAGUUAGAUCAGCUUUGUAAUCUCACACUUGCAUACACAUGCAAUAAUUCACACAUUGGCUGUUUAUACACAGACACACACACACAUUUGCCCUGUUGUAAAUUAGGUUGGCUCAAAAAACCUAAUGAACAACAUCCAUUUCAAAUCCAAAUUCACAGUUUCUCAAAUAUUUUGAGGCCGUGUUUCAGGUCAUCUCUCCAGAUCAUGGAUGGGUUCAUAUUUUUUUUAGUGUUGAGUUCUUGGUUUCUAUGGUUUUCAUUUCAUCGUCUAUCUUUAUUUUGUAUAUCUUCAGCCCACCACAUGCAAAGGUCAGUUGUUGUUUGUUGAUGACAAUCCAACUUUUGUUUUCCUCUGUUGCUAGUUUUGAUUUAAUCAUUUCAUGUUGUUUUUCCCACCAAUAUUUAUGUGGCAAGCCAAAAUAAUAGUAAAAUUAUCUUCAUAUUUAUUUCUGAGCAUAUUUAUUUUUGUGCACAAGUUUGUGGAAGACUAGCACAUGUAAUAUAGUUUGUGUAAUUAAGUUCCUUCAGCUCUAAAGAUCUCAUGACCAGCUCAGAUUUACAGAGAAAUACAGUAUGUAUCGGUGCCUUUGCCUUGGCAGCUUGGGCACAAGUGACAUUUUUAUCUAUGUAGUACUAAAGACAAAUUAUUUAUACAUCUUAUGCUUAAGAUAGAUGUUGUGUCCUGGAUAUAUUUACCCAUAUAAAUGCUUUUCUAUAUGCUGAUUUGCAUUCAUGAAAGUGAAGUUUACUGCUGUUACCAGUGUUAUAUGGCUGAAUGUGUCUUUGUUAUGUGGUAUUUAUUAACAUAUUCCUUUAUUUAUUCGGCACAAAUGAUCAUUUAAGACAGGGGUGUCCAAACUUAGUCCUGGAGGGCCAGUGCCCAGCAUAGUUUAGCUCUAACUUUCUUCAACACACUUGCCUGGAAGUGUUUAAUUGGAGUUGGAACUAAAAUGCAGGACACCGACCCUCCAGGGCCGAGUUUGGGCACCCCUGCUUUAAGAAAUGUUCAGAAAUUUUUGAUGAAAGACUAAAUUCUUUUGUGUUUGUGGUCUUGUUCUCAUUAUCAAAAUGUGGAUGCAAACCUUAAACUGCAUUGACUGUUUUAAGCUUUAUCCUCGUGUUUUAAUGGAAGUCACCUAGGUUGCCCCAAGGUUGAUACCAGUGUAAGGUGUGGGUGUAUAUAUAUAUUUAAAAAACAAACAUAACUUUACUAAAAUGCUUUGGAAUAACAAACUAUUUUAAGUUAUCGUCUUGAUAUAUUGUCUUGAAAAUUUAACAGAUUCCCACUAUUUGCUUUUGACCGUCUCUGCCACCUGAAUCUUGCAUUCACCUUCAAUUAAAAUAAUAGUCUAAUUUUCA